CAACGAGCUGUUACGCACGCUUUUCAGCGUGCUCGUUCACGUCGGGGAGCGAGCACGCCAUUGAAACUAUUCUGCACUUGUGGGCAGAGAGAAGCGGAGUACGACGAGUGAUUGAGCAGCGCACAUGGCGGAGUGGAACACCUUCUACCGCAAUGAGGAGGACGAGGAGGACCAGGAGGAAGGAGAGCAGUCUGGGGAUUACAAGGCCACAGGGAGAGACAGUUUGGUCUUUUUGGUUGAUGCCUCCAAGGAAAUGUUCAUCAAAGGAGAAGACGGACAGCCCUCCAACUUUGACAUGACCAUGCAGGUUGUGCGCAGUGUGUACGCCAGUAAGAUCAUCAGCAGUCACAGGGAUCUGAUGGCGUUGGUUUUCUACGGCACGGAGCAGAGCAAAAAUCCCAGGAACUCCUUUAAGCAUGUGUACGUGUACCACGACCUGGACGAACCCGGUGCAAAGCGAGUGCAGGACGUGGACGCUCUGCGGGGGGACAAAGGGGCCCAACUAGCGGCGGAGACCAUGGGCAGCGGGGAGACGUCGUUGGGCGACGCCCUGUGGUGCUGCGCCAACCUCUACAGCGACAUCAAGCUGCGCCUCUCGCACAAGCGGCUCAUGAUCUUCACCUGCAGGGACGAACCACACGGGAGCGACGGCGCGAAAGACCGUCAGGCUCGCACCAAGGCGGGCGACCUCAAGGAGACCGGCGUCGUCGUCAAUUUGAUGCAUCUGAUGAAACCGGGCGGCUUCGACGUGGCGACAUUCUUUCGGGACGUCAUAAGUCCACCCGAGGAUGAGAGCGAGUUGGGGCUGCAGCUGGAGCCUUGUGACAAACUGGAGGACCUCAAGAAGAGGGUGCGAGCCAAGGAGCAGAAGAAGAGAGCCAUGGCCAGGAUGAACCUGUGCCUCGGCGAGGGUCUAAAUGUAGCCGUCGGAAUAUACGCAACCGCCGUGACGGCGCGGAAACCAGCUCCCAUCAGGCUUUACAGGGAAACCAACGAACCGGUCCGCAGCAAAACCCGAACCUUCCACACUCAGACGGGCAGCCUGCUGCUGCCCAGUGAGAUAAAGAAGUCCCAGGUGUAUGGUAAAAAACAGAUAGUUAUGGAGAGGGACGAGGUGGACGCCAUCAAGAAGUUUGAAGAUCCUGGAAUGUCUCUCAUCGGAUUCAAACCGAUGGCCAAGCUGAAACGUCACCACCACAUCCGCCCCGCCGUCUUCCUCUACCCCGAGGAGGACGAAGUGAAAGGCAGCGCGUGUCUCUUCUCCGCCUUGUUGACAAAGUGCAGCGAGAGGAACGUGUUCGCGUUGUGCCGCUGCGUCGCUCGCCGGAACUUCCCGCCUCGAUUUGUCGCACUGGUGCCUCAGAAAGAGGAGGUCGGCGAGGGGAAAGUACAGAUUUCACCUCCAGGUUUCCACGUCAUCUAUCUGCCGUACGCUGACGACAUGCGGACUCUGGAUCCUCCCCAGUUCCCCACAGCCUCACAAAGACAGGUGGACAAGAUGAAGGAGAUUGUCUCCAAGCUGCGCUUCAAAUACAGGAGUGAUGCGUUUGAGAAUCCAGUCAUCCAGCAGCAGUACAGGAACCUGGAGGCCCUGGCUCUGGAUAUGAUGGCUCCAGAGGACAUCGACGACCUCAUCAUGCCAAAGGUGGACCAGAUCGACAACCGCCUGGGUCCUUUGGUUCAGGAGUUUAGGGACCUGGUCUACCCGGACGGCUACAACCCCGAGAACAAAGCAGCUGCCAAACGCAAAACCGCUGACACCGGAGGAGGAGCGGAGAAGAAGCCCAAAGUGGAGGUGGCAGAAGACGAGCUGCGGGCCCACGCGCAGAACGGCACCCUGGGAAAGCUGACUGUGCCCGUGUUGAAGGACGCCUGUAAGCGGUUUGGGGUUCGCACCACCGGGACCAAGAAGCAGGAGCUGAUAGAUGCUCUGAUUGCCCAGCUGGGAAAAUGAGGAGUUGAACGUACAACUCGAUGUAAAAAAAAAAAAGUUAAAAAAAAGAACAUACUCGACUGCUUUGAAUGCAGCAAAUGCGGUGAUCUGCUGAAAAGCAGGAUACAAAUUUUUUACUCGCAAUGCUGCCUGUGAAAUUUGGGUACAGCCGAAAAACCGUUUCCUAAAAAACAAGAGUCCUGUUGUUUCUUCUUCUAUGAGGAAACGUGCCUCGGUGCUGGUGUUUGUGUUUUCCAAACCCACAUUACAUGAAUAAUGUUUGAAUGUAAAGGAACAAGUCAGUUUCUUUGUGAGCGGGACUUCUCAAACCUGCUUUGUGUGAGUUUGUAUUCACUGAACAGUAAACACAGUCAGAAGAAGAAGGCCGUUACCUGUGUGGACGACUGUUGAUCAUUUUGCAUUGUGGUUAAUAAAACUAAACCCUUUUACA